GGUGGCGAAUUGUAGCGGCAGUGCAGUCCUCUUUCUUGUGCAAGUGCAACAUUGGCAGCCUCCAUCAUAUUCAAGCUCGAGAAAGCAAACCUCCCAUGUCCGCCGCGGCGGCGUUCUUACCACCGGCCCCGGCGGUGCCUACCAGACCCGACCAAGACGACUCCCUCCGCUGCCUCCUAGCCUCCCUCUCCACCCUCACGGCCGCCCGCGUCCUCCCCUUCCCUCUCCUCGCUUUCUCCCGCCUCCGCCGCCGCCUCCCCGCCGCCGCCUCUUCCGAUUUCCUCCUCCGCCCCAUCGCCUCGCUCCUCCACCUCCACCGCUCGGACCUCAGACUCGGCGUCCAGCUCCACGGGCUCUCGCUCUCCCUCGGCCUCUCCCGCCACCCUCUCCUCCUCCCCCGCCUCCUCUCGCUCUACUCCUCCCAGCCCUACCUUCUCCCCUUCGCCUCCUCCCUUGCCGCUGACGCAACGUGCCCCCUCCCCUACAACAUCCUCAUCUCCUCCUGCCUGCGCCACGGCUUCCCGCGCCACGCCCUCGCCGCCUACCAGCAAAUGGCCAGGAGUGCCGUCCUCCCGGACGCCUUCACCUACCCAUCCGUCCUCCGUGCCUGCGCAGAGGCUGGAGACCUAGCGCUGGGACGGGCGGUGCAUCUGCACGGUCUAGCCACCGGGGUGGGAGGCCAUUUGUUUUUCCAGAAUGCGCUGGUGUCGAUGUAUGCAAAGAGCGGGGAUCUCGUUGCUGCACGCAAGGUGUUCGAGGGAAUGGCACAGAAAGAUGUGGUAUCAUGGAACUCGAUGAUCUCAGCGUAUGUGGCCGUCGGGCAAUGGGUGCAGGCGGUGGAACUGUUUGAAAGGAUGCGAGCGGAGGAGGCGGAGGUGAAUUCAGUGACGUGGAACACGAUUGCCGGGGUAUACAUUAAUACACGGGACCAUAGGGCAGCUGUUGGGCUUAUCCGGGAGAUGGUAAGCGAUGGUGCAGCAGUGGAUUUCGUGACGUUGGUGAUUGGGUCGAAUGCUUGCUCACGGGUUGGCUGGUUGAGGCUCGGGAAGGAGAUCCAUGGGUUGGCAGUCCGCAUGAACUGUGACGGGGUAGAAAGUGUAGCCAAUGCACUUAUCACGAUGUACGCCAGGUGCAAGCAUAUGGACUCUGCCUGCUUGCUGUUUAAAAUGCUUGCUUGCCCAGGUGUUGUGACAUGGAAUACAAUGAUAGCUAGUUUUGCUUUGUCAGAUGAGGCAGAAGAGGCCUCUAGACUUGUUCAUGAAAUGGUCGGCGCAGGUGUACAGCCUAAUUAUGUUACUGUUGUAACCCUUCUUGCUCUCUGUGCCCGUGUUGCAAACCUGCAACAUGGGCAGGAGCUUCACAGCCACAUUGUUAAGAAUGGAUUCAAAGGGUAUCGCUUGUUAUGGAACUCUCUUAUUGACAUGUACUCCAAAUCAGGGAGGCUCUCAGUAGCACAAAAUGUCUUUGAUACCAUGGAUGACCGUGAUAUGAUAUCGUACACUUCGAUGAUAGCAGGAUAUGGGAUGCAAGGGAAAGGAACAAUUGCACUACGGCUUUUUGACCAGAUGAUUGAUAGUGGGAUCAAGCCUGACCACAUAAGCAUGGUUACUGUACUCUCUGCUUGUAGUCACUCUGGACUUGUGACUGAAGGAGAAAAACUUUUUGACAAGAUGACGAGUUCAUAUGGUAUCAAGCCUCAGAUGGAGCAUUAUUCUUGCAUGGUUGAUUUAUAUGCACGUUCUGGACUACUAGAAAAGGCAGAAGGAAUGCUCAAUGAGAGCUCUUCCCCUCCAACAUCCAUGAUGUGGGCAGCACUAGUCGGGGCUUGUCAUGACAGAGGCAACAUAAUAAUUGGUGAAAGGGCAGCUAGGAGGCUCUUGGAGAUGAAGACAGAGAAUGCUGGGCACUAUGUUCUGAUUGCGAACAUGUAUGCAGCCGCAGGUUGCUGGGAUGAGCUAGCAACAGUCAGGAAACUGAUGCGAGACUUGGGUGUCACAAAAGCACCUGGGUUGGCAUGGGUUGAUCUUCGCAAUGGGUUUGCCCCUUUUUUGGUUGGAGAUAGGUCGAACCCUCUAGCACCAGAGAUCUAUGAGGUUUUGGAUGAACUAUCAGAGCAAAUGAGGAAUAUCGGUAAUUGCAGUGAUCUAGACAUAGUAGAGGAACUCGCAGAUUAAACCCAGUAGAAACAGAACAAGAGGGAAUCAUGGAGUUCAUUAAGGAUCUCUAGUCUAAAAUGAGGUUGCAAACGAAGCAUGGAGGUUAUAACACAAAGAAGCAGCACAUAUAUUAUAAAUAGUCUACAGGAGAAAGGUCCUGGAACAUGGACUCCUCAAUAUAUGCUGCGCAAGACAUCUAUGCUGUAUUGGCCUUCACGAAGCACUCUGCUUAUGUCUAUUCCUCAAAAGUGUUACUUCUCUCGGAAAGUGUUGCUUACAGUGAUUUUCCAUCCAUGGUGUUAUUGGCUCCCCUUAAUUUAAUAGCAUGCAGCAGAUGCUAUUUUGAGGCAACAUCGUCAGGUCCAAGCUUUUGCUCACCAAAAAAAGAAGACUUUCGAUGGUAACAUCUUCCUGAGCGAGGAUGUCUUUUCGUGGCAACGGAUUGGGGUACAACGGUGGCAGGAGAGAUUCUACAGGUGGCAUUGAUGGAGGAGGAGGCGGUAUGUGGCUUUGCACAGUGUCAUGCCACUGGUAAAAAGAGGGGAAGGAAAUGAAGAAGGGAGAUCUCUCUUUGUUUAAUCCUCUUGUCUCCAGGGGAUGUGAUCAAAUCUGAUUCUUGUAGAGUCGAUUUACCAGGUUUCCACCGACGAACAUGGGCCCGCCCGGUCAAAAAAAAAACAUGGGCAUAUUGCGACUGUGCCUUGCUGCAACCAUCCUGGCGACUGUGCCUCGCAUGGCCAUCAGUGUCAAGUGGCAGCAUCUUGCGAAGCAGCGCCGGUGCUCAGGACGAAGAAUUCUGAGGCUGUCAUCUGGCGUCUGAUGCUUAAGUAGGUCGGCAUAUUGUCCGGGGGCUCCAUUCCAUACUCGCAUGUGCCAACACGCACACAGACAUCCGACGUCAAACCAGCAUCCCUGGAACGUUGUCUGGCUUGAGAGGUGCUAGAGCUAGAGCCAGUGCAUCAAGCUUCUCUCCACUCUCGCGCUUGCCUAGUAGUAGUUGCUAUCUAACUACUUCAAUCGCUUGUCCUGAUGGGAGUAUGGUGCUUCAUUUUAUAUGAUAGAUAGAAAAUUCAGACAUCCGUGCCGAUUAUUUAUUUAUCGGGAUGAAUGGGAGAAUGGUACCAAGUGAAACGACUUGUUCUGAUGGAAGUACGGACUUGUUCCUGCCGUUAUGUUCUGCACAUACUGUUGCCGACACCAAUCCUGGUUGCUAGCUACAAUGUCCUCAUUUCUUUCGUCUCAUUGCCAGUGUCACCAGUAUAACUUCUCUAGAUCUCUGAUAGUUGUAUUUUGUAGGUAUCAGAUCACUGUCCGGUUUUCUAGAGUAGCGAAGUGCGUAGUUUGUUUAGGAAUGGUUAGAAUUCUGUAGUUGCAACCUGUUGUGUUGCAUCAGAUGCUUAUCUGGCACACACAUGUUCAUCUUCGGUCUUUCCAGUGUUCUUCAGUUCCAUGGAACAAUUGCCAUUUCAAAUAUAUAGUCGGCGGAUGAAA